AUGCGUGGAGAGAGACAGGCAGUUCGAGUGGAUCCCCAUCCACUCACGCUGACGAGACCGUCAUCCGCUCCAGCAAGCCCGCCCAAGCGCAUCGUCCACGGCGUACCGAACUCGAAAGAACCAGCUUUACAUGAGGCAUCGCGAGCAGCAGAGGCCUCACACCACCAUCAGCUGUCAACGUCUCCGCGCAGAACCCCGCAAUCACGUCCGACGAGCGCAGCACAUCGCGGUCUCAGCCCACCCCUCCAAAGCACCAUUUCAUCAAUAUUGACGAAUGAACUGCCAAAGAAGCUACCCCCCGCGACGCCCGGGACACUACACCGGAGAUACAGUCCGGUAUAUAAGUGUGCUAAUCGCCUUCUGGCAAAACGAUGGGAUGAUACAGCAAAUCGGCGCCAUCGUGAAAAGAUUGCGAGUAUGAAGCCCGCGAUUGACAACAAACCUCCCCAAAAAUGUUCACAUUUGGACAUGAGGUUGAAAAAGAUGAGACAGGAGCAAGAACGAGCGAACCGCAUCCAGGAGGAAAAUCUCAUUCUACUUAACCGCAUGGCCCGACAGAUGCAAGCACCGCGAGGAUUCUCAAACGUGGACUCGAAAUUUCAGGUCAAACCUAUGGUUCAGAAACCAUCUCCAAGCUCAUAUGCUAAACGACGACAAAUCGAGGAGUUACAGGAAGCGAACGAGGUGCUUCACCGCAGACUCGCAAGCAGCCACCCCGUCUACAGCCGCGAAGCUUGGCACGAGGAUCGGCGGAGGAACCUUAUCUACUUCGCAAACACGACCAAAUACCCGGAAACAUAUGCCCAAGAAUUCGAGAAGGAAGGACUUCUCUCGUCGCCUCUGGUUGCUAGGGUGGUACGGUCACAGCCGCCCACGAGAGCACAAACACCGCAUAUAGAGCGGGAUGGGGCAUUCAGGCAUCCUGAGGAGGAGGAGGAGGAUGAAGACAGCGGUGAUGACGAGAAGACACCGGGAAUUGCAUCCGUAGGUGACCGGAAAGGCAAUGAAGUCGCGGGACGACAUGAGGAUAUUGAUGCUGAUGGGGGCAGUCGAUCUGGAUCGAAUGCCGAAGAAGCACCUUUCGGUGACAGUGGCCAAACUCUGCCAGAAUGA